GUUCCAGGAAGUUGGGACAUUGGCCAUGGACGCAUCCUGCCCAGUAGACCUGGCAGACCCAAACUACUCCUGGGAGGAGGACAGAAAGUACAUCCUGCGGGGCUGGGCCCUGGUCUUCAGCACCCUCACAACCCUGAUGGUGCUCAGUGCGGUGGAUGGGCGGAUGGCCUACCUGGAGGGCUCCUACUCUGGCUACAUGGGCUUCUGGAUCAACUGCAAGUACAAAUGCGCCAACGUGGGCCAAGUCACUGUUCUCAUCCACAUGAGCAUGGGCUUCAUGAUGCUGGCCUUGACCAUAUGUCUCAUCCUUGUCACCACCAUGGCCCUCUCCUUCUGGCCGGUCUUCCGCCGCCUGAACAAGACCGACCUUAUCUUCAGUUUCCUCAGCUUCAGCAUUGGGUUCCUGGUUAUCCUCAGCAUGACGCUCUUUGUAGCCAACUGCCAGGCCCUGAGACCAAAGCCACGUAUUUCGUACCUGUUUACCUCCUACCUAUGCUGGGGCAGUGGCGCCUUGAUACUGUGGACAGGAGUCCUGAGCUACUUAAACUACGCGGGCAUGUGGAGCCAGGCCUCGUUCAGCUGGGAUCGGCGGGUGAGCUACUGGCGGUGGGCCUCGCGGUUAGGCUCCGGCUCUGUGAGGCACAUGUCCAGACAGUCAGACUCAGACCGCAAGUCCAGUUCGCUCCCGGGCCAGGGGAUCCCCGCCAAGCCUCCCUAAGCCAUGGUUGCUCAGGACACGGACGGGUACCUGGGCCCCGGGGCGGGAAUCAGACCUCCAUGGAGACAUGCCUCGCCCUCCGAGCGCUGCUGACAAAGCGGGGACCCUCAAGCUUGGGCCCACCCUUUGCGGCUCUGUUCCCGUCCAGAGUCCUCCCCUGGUCCCCAUCCCAGAAGCCAGACACCGCCCCCUUCCGACCUGCACGCAGCUCCUGCCAAGGGGCCAGUGGGUGUGGAUCUGCUUCCAUCCUAGCGUGGCCCCGCCCCAAUCCCAGAUAGGCCACGCCCAGAUCCCACCUAGCCCCCAUCCUAGCCAGGCCACGCCCCCAUCCUAACUAGGCCACGCCCCAAUUCCAGAUAGGCCACGCCCAGAUCCUAUCUAGGCUCCCCCCAAUCCUAGCUAGGCCCCCCCCUUCAAUCCCAGAUAGGCCACGCCCCCAUCCUACCUAGACCACGCCCCAAUCCCAGAUAGGCCCCCCAAUCCUAGCCAGGCCACGCCCCAAUCCCAGAUAGGCCACACCCCUAUCCUAGCUAGGCCACGCCCCAAAGCCGCCCUUCAUCCUUGGAACUCCUUCCCCUCCGAGGGCCAGCCCCGCCCCUGGAUGCCUCAUCUUGCCCCUGGGCGGACACGACCCCCACCCAGCUUUUGCUGUCGCCCCUCCCCAGGAAGGCGUGGCUUGCCGCAGCGUCCCUCGCCCACCUUCCUGGCUUCCGCGCCACAAUAAAAUGUGGGCACCACCCCGCUCUCAGAGUCCGAUCCUC